GGAGGAUACGGUGGAAAGCGGAGGUGGUGGAGGAGGAUUUGGAGGAGGAGGAUAUGGUGGAAGCGGAGGUGGUGGAGGAGGAUACGGUGGAAGCACAGGUGGCGGAGGAGGAUAUGGUGGAAGUGGAGGAGGCAGUGGAUAUGGAAGUGGCGGAGGCGGUGGUGGCUUUGGAGGUGGAGGAUACGGCGGAAACGGAGGCGGCGGCAGUGUAUAUGGGGGUGGAGGAUAUGGCGGAAGGGGAGGAGGUGGCGGAGGAUUUGGAGGCGGUGCAUACGGAGGCAGCGGGAGUGGGUACGGGGGCAGUGGAGGUUAUGGCCGUUGACGAGAUAUUGAUGAGGCAACUGGAGCUGGCACUGAAUUCAGUCAUUGAUGUAUCGCAAAAUAAAUAAAUACUUAAUGUAACGCUUCCUUUGAGAUCCAUUUUACCCCUGAAAACUUACUUCUUGUUACUAUUAUAUCUAUUUUUGUUUAAAAUCGGUAAUUAUUCACAUUGGAACACGCUUAAAAGGCCUUUAACUUACAAAGCAAACUUCAAG